CAGCCCAAGAAUAUCAAAACUCGCACUUCUACAUUCUCACCUAUCUUUCAAAUUUUCAAAGUACACAAAAACUUUGUGUCUUCAUUCUUGAUAACAUCAAUCAAAUGACAACCAUGAAAAGAAGCAGGGAAGACGAUAUGCAUAUUGAAACUGAGGCCAUGGCUAACUGCGCGUUAAUGCUUUUGUCUCAUUUCAACAACAACAAAAAUGAUAACAACACUUCUUCAUCGAAUUAUCACAAUGAUUUUGAAUGCAAGACUUGUAAUAAACGGUUUCCAUCUUUCCAAGCACUAGGUGGACACCGUACAAGUCAUAAUAAACGGAUAAGAUUACUCGGAGAGUUUCUUGUUCAAACUAAGAAGAACAAAAUGCAUAAAUGCUCUAUAUGUGGAAUGGAGUUCUCUUUGGGUCAAGCGUUAGGCGGACACAUGAGGCGUCACCGUGAUGAAAUUAAUAAAAUGUCGACGAUGGCAAUAGAAAAGACGAUGAUACCGGUGUUGAAGAAGUCAAACAGCAGCAAGCGAAUAUGUGGCUUGGACUUAAACUUAACCCCUCGUGAUGAUCACGUUGAUGAUGAUUUGAUGUUAUGGCCGACGGCACCAAUUGCAUCUCCUGUUUUACGAAUCUUUAUUUAAGUCGGUUUUUCAUCGUUAGCAUUUAAUUAGGAUUAGGAUAAUUCUUUCCAUUCAUUUUUAUUCUUGUAAUAUGAUUCUUAAUUUGUACGCUGUCUUUCACAUGUAUAUUGAAUCUAUCUGGGAAUUUAAUUAGUAGCUCCAUGGCUUGACUUUUUGAA